AUGUGCGGUGUGGACGUGGACCUGGAUGAUGGAGGUCCAGCUGAGGAGGAGAAGGAGGAGGAGGAGGAGUUCUGGAUGGGGGAUGCUGUGAAGAUGCUGCCUCCUCCCGUGGCCCACAGCGAGGGCAGCGCGUGGGGCAGCCGCAGGGGCAGGUGUGGCUGCGCGGCCUGCGGGGCGGCCCUGGUCCUGUGGAACCUGUGCGUUCUCACAGCUGGAGUUCUGCUGCUGAUUGUUGUCUUCUCUGUGGUUCUGAUGCCGGCCGUGCUGCUGCUGUACGCCGGGUUCCUCUGCCACUCCAGGGUCCUCAACGCCCCCUCCGCCAUCUGCCGUUACCUUGACGACAACAGCUCCUCCGCCCUUAUCAUUCUAGGCUUCGUGAUGAUGUCGCCCCUCGUGGUCGUGGCAGCGGCGGUCUUCUGCGGGCUGCUCCGGAGGUUUCGGCUCCUGCUUUUCAUUCAGCCGAUCAGGCGAGCCUGGUACAGAGGGAGACUGCUGGACUGGGGGGGCAGCUUCCACGUCUGGGUCUGA